AUGAAAACACAGACUUUAAUACAAAAGCAAGUUCCGAUUAAAAAGGCUUUUUCGGGGAUAAGUGAAUACAAUGAUGGUGGUAGUAAAUCAGGACAAAUCACAAACGCCAUCACAUUUAUGAUUUCCAAGGACUUACAGCCACUAUCCAUCGUAGAGGGUGAAGGUUUUCAACGAUUAUUCAAAGUUGUUGCGCCGUUAUACACUGUUCCAAGUAGGAUGACGAUUACAAGUCGCAUUGAUGAGAAAUUUGUCGCGCUAAGUUCGAUUGUGAGAAACAAAUUGACAGGGAUUGAUAACAUUGUGCUGACAUCGGAUAUUUGGACGGACAAGUACAAUAGCAAAAGCUAUAUGUUCCUUACUGUACAUUUUAUCGACGAUAUAGAAAUUGAAUCUAUUAAUCUUGAAAUUCGUCUUCUAGAAGAAGCUCACAAUGCCAUCUAUUUAUCGGAAAUUAUAAAAUCAUUUUGUCAUGAUUGGAAUAUCGAUCUGAGUAAAGUAAUGGUUAUGAUUAUAGAUAGUGCUGCUAAUAUAUCGAAAGCUGCACACGAUACAUUUGGACAACAUUUGCCAUGCUUUGCACAUCAGCUCAAUCUAGUAGUCGGGGAUGCAAUUAAAUUUACUCCUGAAUUUAAAAAUAUUGUGGCAAAAGUAAAAGGAAUUGUAACUUUUCUUAAACGAUCGGUAAAAGCAGCCGAUGAGUUAAGAGCGCUUCAGAUGAAAACGAGUCCCAAUGGUGAACAUCUCAAAGUGAUUCAAGAGUCUGAAACUCGGUGGAACUCAAUGUUUUAUAUGUUGGAAUGA